CCUCCCUCUGGGGAAUAUCUACUGUCAAUGGGCCAUUUAUUGUUAAUUAUCUAAUGUCAAUGGGCCAUUUAUUGUUAAUUAUCUAAUGUCAAUGGGCCAUUGAGUCACACUGAUAAAACCCCAUCAUCCCAUUGGGAGAUGCUCUGCCCAGGGGAGGAGCCAAGCAUUCCUGCCUGGAUAUAAGCUGGGGUUUGGAACAGCACAGCAGCCUCUGCCCCCUGCAUUCCCAGAGGAGCAGCUUUCUCCUGCCCUGCAUUCCCAGAGGAGCAGCUUUCUCCUGCCCUGCAUUCACCUGGCUUUUCAAACCAAGGCAAGACCCCUUUUGGGAAUCAGGCAGCACUUGCAGCAUCUAAGCCCCAGGCUCACUCCAGCUGGGUGAGCGGCGCGGGAGGAGCCGCAGCCAUGGCGGAACGGAAAGUGCUGAACAAAUAUUACCCCCCGGACUUCGAUCCCGCCAAGAUCCCGAGGCUGAAGCUCCCGAAGGACCGGCAGUACGUGGUGAGGCUGAUGGCCCCCUUCAACAUGCGGUGCAGGACGUGUGGGGAGUACAUCUACAAGGGCAAGAAGUUCAACGCCCGCAAGGAGACGGUGCUGAACGAGUCCUACCUGGGGCUGCCCAUCUUCCGCUUCUACAUCAAGUGCCCGCGCUGCCUGGCUGAGAUCACCUUCAAGACAGACCCCCAGAACACGGAUUACGCCAUGGAGCACGGCGCCACCAGGAACUUCCAGGCAGAGAAGCUCCUGGAGGAGGAGGAGAAGAGGAUGCAGAAGGAGAGGGAAGAGGAGGAGCUCAACAAUCCCAUGAAGGUCCUGGAGAACCGAAUCAAGGAGUCCAAGCUGGAGAUGGAGAUCCUGGAGAACCUGCAGGAGCUGAAGGAGCUCAACCAGCGCCAGGCCAAUGUGGAUUUUGAGGCUAUGCUGAAGCAGCACAAGGAGCUGGAGGAGGAGCAGAGGCGCAAGGAGCAGGAGGAGGACGAGCAGGAGAUGAAGGCCAUGCUGGAGCAGGCCCAGAACCGCCGGCUCCUGGUGGAUUCUGACUCUGACGAGGAACCAGCAAAGCGCUGUCCAAAUCCCACGGCCCAAACAAAACCCACGGCCAUCCUGCAGGAGGGCCCCCAGAGCAAGAGGCCGAGGACGCAGAGCUGGGAGCGCAGCGUGGGCAAGCUCAGCACCAGGGCCCGGCUGGCCGGGCUGGUGGCCCGCAGGAAGCAGAAGCCAGAUCCUGCCCUGGAUAACGGGAUGGAAACCCCAGGCAGCACGGCCACCACCGGCUCGCCUCCAGCAGCAGCAGCAGCCACGUCCUCGCUGGGUUUGCUGGGAGCCUAUGAGGACAGCGAGGACAGCGAGGACAGCGCCAGCGGCUGAGGAGCUGCCAGGGUGGGGACAGAGCAGGGACGGGGCUGUCCCUGCUCCCUGCUGCUCCUGGAGCCCCACACGGAGCAGAUCCCACCUUUGCACAGCCUGGGGGGCUCCUCCAGCCCCUCACUGCGGGGACAGGGCUGUCCUGCCACCACCAGCCUCCCUAGAUGUCCCCAGGAGCUCGGGGACAAACCCCUCCCUGCUGUCCUGUGCCUGCAGGGCUCCAGCAGCCACAACUCUAGAAUAAAUGGGACCUG